AUGCAAACGGCAAGGGGGUCAAUCUCUAAGGGGUCAGCCCCUGGGCAGACCCACACAUGCUGGGACCCCCAGGCUCCCCAAUCUCGGCACCGGCAGGACGAGGACUGCGGGAGGCGUGUCCCUGCGCCCCCCACCCGGGCCAGGCGCAGGCUGCGGCCAGGUGGGCGGGCCGGGGCGGAGCCUGCCCCCCGGGCCAGGGGGAUAUAUCGCUNGGCUGCCCUGGCCCUGGCCGCCGGCGCGGCGCUGGCCAAGGACCGGCCCCCGCGGCUGCUGGGGGGGCUGCUGGACGCCGAGGAGAACGACGAGGGGGUGCAGCGGGCGCUGCGCUUCGCCAUGAGCGAGUACAACAAAGCCAGCAACGACAAGUACCGCAGCCGGGUGGCCGAGGUCCUCCAGGCCCGCAAGCAGAUUGUGUCCGGAGUCAAGUAUUAUCUGAAUGUUAAGGUUGGCCGGACAACUUGCACCAAGUCAUCAACGGAAAUUCAGGACUGUGAAUUUCAUUCAACACCAGAGCUGGCUAAGCACAUCACUUGCAACUUCGUAGUGUACACUGUUCCUUGGCUAAACAAAAUUAGCCUACUGGAAAAUAAAUGCCAAUAAGCACCUGUUCGUUCCCGCACAUGUCGGCAACCAGUUGUUGUAGGUUUGCUGUUUUUAAAGAAAAAGCAAUAAUCUGAAUUACCCUCUUGAGAUGGAUUUCUGUCCAUUGCUGUUAACUCAAAUGCUUAUGUAUACUUGUGCUAUGCAAGUAAAGCUCUGUAACCUUCCUUUGAAGCAAAACAGAAUGUUUUUGUUUCUUACCUAUCAUUACUUUAUUCCUCCAGUCUGUCCUUUCAAAUAAAACAUUAACCAAACUUGUCAGUGUCA